GUUGAACGCCUUCUAAAAGAGUACCGUCAAAAUCAAGAAUUAGUUAGAAGGAUAGGCGGACAUUAUUAUCAAAUAAUAUAUCCAGUACAGUUACGGCAUCACGAAAAGAUGGGUAUAUCAACACGUGAAGUUAGCCCACCAAAGACAGGUCAACGGACGAGUAGACCUCAUGACGGAUCAGAUAGUGGAGGUUUUCGCGGUCGUUCAAGGACUGGGAAACAUUUCCACCGAACUUCACUAUUAAUUAAGGCUUUUAAUCAUAAGUUUCGUUUAGAUUUGGAAUUAAACUCGCAACUUCUAUCGCCUAAUAUUCAACAAAAACAUUAUCACGUUGGAGGUUAUUUAGUCGACGGUAAUCGACAUGACAUCGAACAUUGUUAUUAUCAUGGAACUGUUAAAGAUUAUCCUGGUGCUAGUGCGGCGUUUCACACGUGUAAUGGCGUUAGCGGUGUCAUUCACGUGGGUAAUGAAACAUUCGUUAUACAUCCUUUUUAUGGCGGUGAUCUAUCGCAGAAACACCCGCAUGUGAUAUUUGAAGCUCGAACAAAAGCAAAUAAAGGGUGUGCAAAUUCUGGUAAUUUAGAUACAUGGCGAUCGUCACGCCGCACAAAACAUUUAUCAUCUUUAGUAACAAAUUUUAUUGAUAACGAUAUGAUAGAUAUACUCCAUCCAAAUGGUGCUGGGCGAUAUAAACGUGAUGUUCGUGAAGCAACAAAAUAUAUUGAAACUGCCAUUGUAGUCGAUAAGGCAAUGUUUGAAAAACGAAACGGCAGUACACGUGCCGAAGUAAUACACGACGCUAUACAAGUAGCGAAUAUUGCCGAUUUGUAUUUUCGAACGUUGAAUACCCGUGUUUCAGUUGUGUAUAUUGAAACAUGGGGUAAAAAUCAGGCACAAAUCGAUGGUAGUAAAGAUAUUAGUAAAGCAAUUUCAAAUUUUAAUGAAUAUACAUCAAGACAUUUAUUUAAGAUAGAUAAGGAUACAACACAGUUAUUAACAGGUGAAACAUUCGUCGGAGGUGAAGCUGGUAUGGCUGUGCCUGAAACAGUAUGCACUCCUAAAGCAGUUGGUAUCAGCGUCGAUAUCAAUGUAUAUGAACCUCAUCUUUUAGCUGGGACGAUGGCUCAUAUGAUAGGUCAUAAUAUUGGAAUGGGCCAUGACGAUGGAAGAGAGGAGUGUUUCUGUCGUGACUGGCAUGGAUGCAUAAUGGCACAAUCCAUUGUUGGUCUGGAGAACGUCCAACCAUAUAAAUUUUCAGAAUGUAGCAAAAAGGACUAUAUCGACGCAUUACGUACAGGACAUGGUCUUUGCUUGCUGAAUAAACCAAACGAGGUUGAAAUGAUCCACAGAAAUUGUGGCAACAAAAUUGUAGAAGAAGACGAAGAAUGUGAUUGUGGAACAUUCGAAGAAUGCCAAAAAGAUCCUUGCUGUGAUGGUAUAACUUGCAAAUUAAAAACAGAAGCCGAAUGUGCAGGAGGAGAGUGCUGUGAGAAUUGCAAGCUAAAAGAUAGGGGUGUUAUGUGCCGCGACACUGCCAAUGAAUGUGAUCUUCCAGAAUAUUGUGAUGGCGAAGGCGGGCAAUGUCCACCAGAUGUAUAUAAAAAAAAUGGAUCCCCAUGUGGUCAUACAAGACAAGGAUUAUCGGGCUAUUGCUUUCAAGGGGAUUGCCCAACAUUAAAUUUACAAUGUGAAGGAAUUUGGGGUGAUGGUGGCGUUGCUGCUGAUCGCCAGUGCUAUGAACAAUUCAAUUCUAAAGGAUCCAUUAAUGGCCAUUGCGGACGUGAUCCAAAUGGACAUUAUAUUAAAUGUGAACCAGAAAAUGUUCAAUGUGGUACACUGCAAUGUAAAGAAGGUGAUAGACAACCACGUAAUGAUGGUAUUGACCAAUUAUAUUCUAGAACAAUUAUUUCAAUUAAAGGAAACGAAUAUGAAUGCAAGGCAACAAGUGGUCCUGGGGGUACCAAUGAACAUGGUCUGGUUAAAGAUGGUACACCAUGUGGCAACAAUUUAAUUUGUGUAAACCAAACAUGUGUUAGUUUGUUUCCACACAUAGAUCAAACUAAAUGUCCAUUAAAUAAAAAUGGACAAGAAUGUUCAAAUCAAGGGGUGUGUACAAAUACAAAUAGAUGUCAUUGUGAUAUAGGCUGGACUGGUCAUGAUUGUUCACAGCCUGCUCCAGUUACAACAACACUGCCAGCACCACCAAAUGUGGGUCCAACCAUGGAUAGUAAGAUUGAAAUGAAAAAGAAGGAAACUCCCUAUGAGAAUUACCAUGGGUCAAAUACAGUGUUUUUAGUUGGUAUACUGAUGUCAGUUGUUGGGUUCGUUUUUGUAACAUUCACUUUAAUGGCACUGUGCUACAGGUCAGUUGUAGUACAUAGAAACUUCUCCCUGUGUCUGAGAGAUUUUGUCUGCAACAUUUUUGAUAUAAUAACAAGACGGAAAACAACUCGAUUAAAGUAUGAUCCACCAUAUUCGAAAAAACCAAUCGCAAAAGCCUACGGAGGAGCAGGUACCACUGCCAAUCAUCAUCAAUCUGUAGAAGAGGUUUCAUUAGACGGUUCCAGUAAAUUAAUGUAUGGAAAUCAAACUGUGUUUAGGGAUCACAAAGCUCAUAAUAUAAGAAGAAUGACAGGAUCUGGAAGUGAAGAGGAUCAAGCACAUUCGGAAAAAGGAAUACUGAAAAAACAUGGAUACGGUCUGGUAUUAGGUGAACAAUUAAAAGAUAAAUGGGGUGAAGACGGUCAAUCAGAUAAUUUAGAAUUGAUUGCUCAACAAGAUACAUUAGUAUCGGCAACAUCUGGUGCUGCUGCCUCUGAAGUAGAACGUACAUUAAAAAGUUUAAAUGGUUAUCAUGAGGAUAUAUUAGAAGCUCUACGUAAUGCAGCUUCUCAUCGUGGUACUGGUGCUGGUAAUACUCCAGUUGGUAGUGGUAGUUUAAGUGAAGAAAUGUUACGUAAAACAUUACAAGAAUGUACUUCAGCAACAUUAAAUUAUUCAGAUUACAAACGUGGUUCAAAAUCAAGUUCUAAAGAGAAUAUAUGCGAUAUUAACCAAGCACAUAUGAUGGUAGAUGGAGGAAGUGGUAUAGGUGUUGGUAGCGGUGGCGGAGGUGGUGGCGUAGGUGGUGGUUUAGGUGGUAGUGGUGGUUUAAGUGGUCAAACACAAUUAUUGCAUCAUCAUCGUCCAUCAUCACAACAACCACAAUCACAGCAUGGUUUACAAGAUGUAGAAGAUGAUGCACCAUCAACUGGUCCACUACGUAUUCGAAAUUUAGAAGAUUUAAUUAGACAAUUAGAACAUCAUUCGUCAAGACAUAUGAGCCCAAGUGGCUCUGAAGAUAUAAGAAUGUCUGAAACAGAAGCAGAUCGACAUUAUAGAUUAGACAGUUCAGCAGCAUGUAGUGAAUCCUCCCAAGGCUCUAAUCAACAAUUAGCACAAUCACAGAAAACAGCAACAAUUCAUCCGUCUUAUAGCAGUCGAUGUCGUCCUCGUUCAGACGAUGAAAGUCGAUUUGUAUAUGGAAGGUAUAGGCAUCCACCAGCAAAUAGACAUCCACAUCAAUCCCAUUCACCUCACGCUUUUGGCCAUCAUACGCACCAUUCGCAUGCGCACGGUCAUCCAUCACACGGACCGCAUUCAUCACACCAUUCUUCGCAUACUCAUCUACAUCAAGAUGAAGAGGGCAUCUACGAAAGUGCCGAUCAUCAUGAUAGGACUGUAGAUGCCCGAAUCGACCGCGAAACACCAGAUAGUGAAAGUGAUGACUUUAUUCAAGCUCAACAACAAUUAGCCCGAUGGGCGAGUGAGGAUGUAGUUUCCGUGGUGGUGUUGGAUCAUCAAGGUACAUCCCCGGGUCAAUCGGUUCAACAGGGACAAUUAAAUAUCAACCAAAGUGGUAUACUAGAUCCAACAAUUACACAAACCCAACAACAGCAACAACAGCAAUCGGGUAUUGCACACCAUCACGGCGGCGAAACGUCAUCACUGAGUGGAAUGGUCACUACCAGCAACCAUACAAAUGGUCUAAAUGUAAAUCAGAGGGAUUAUUACCCAUCGCCACCAUCAACGGAAACGGAAAGCAGUGGCAGUGUUAUACAACCAUCAACAAUACAGAGACGAAGUCAUAUAAUAGAUACAAAUCAAGAAGACGGACAAUUAAUGGAGAAUGGCCGAUAUCCCGAAUAUAAACACUGAUAAUAACUAUUGGGGUAUACUGAACCGACCCCCGACCAUUCCAUGUGAUUUUAAUAUAAUAAAAAUACUAAUAUACAUACAUAUAUAUAUACAUUAAAAUUAUUACAUUAUUAUAAAAUUAUUAUAUAGUAGAUUUAGAAAAUAUUUAAAAACAAUUUUUUUUUGAAGAAAACAUAAAGUGUUAAAUAAACAGACAAAAAAAUUAGAUAAUGAAAAUAUUAAUGAAAAAAAUGAAAAAAAUAUAAAAAAAAUUAAAUUUUUAAAUUACAUAAAAUUGUAUAAAAAAGAAGUCGUAUUGAGAAAAAUUAGAAAUAAUUUUUAUUUAAGUAUAAAACGAUACAAAAUAAUUUUUAAGUAUAAAAAAUAUCAAAUUAAUUUUUAUUUAGAUUUCGUUCCAGAUAAAAA